AUGGAUUCAACGAAGGAGAUUUCAUAUCCUGAACCACCAAAUAAAAGGGUCAAACUAGCUGACCAAAAUAUAAAUCGCCUUGACGCCAAGAUGACUCCUUCAAUUACAACUCAGAUUGACCUCUCACCCGCAGAACAACUCUUGAGAACUCUUCUCCUCGACUGUCGCAACCAUGUCGCAACACCGAGAGACAGUGAAAAUGGCAACAAUCCCAACGCAGGCGACAUGUGGUUCGUCGGCGGCUGGGUACGCGACAAACUCCUCGGAAACCAAAGCUGCGACAUUGACGUGGCCAUGAGUAACAUGACCGGCCCUGAGUUUGCGAGUCAUUUGAAGGACUUCCUUUCAUCUGAAUCACGGCCUGCACAGCCAGCGGAGUUAUCCACCUCAGAACCAGAUGAAAAAUCCAAGACCCAAGCUCAGACGAAAGGCGACAUCUACAAACAACAAGCGACGAAAGCCGGCCUCUCAACCGAGAUCAGGGGCUUCUACGAAAUUGAUCGAAAUCCGAAAAAGGGGAAACACCUCCAGACGACUAGCGCCAAGAUCUUUGGGUUGGAUAUUGAUUUUGUGAAUUUGAGGACGGAGACGCAGGAGCUUCAGGUUGAGAAUCUUAGUAGGGUGGGGAGGGAGUUUGGCUCGUCGGCUGAAGAAGAUGCGUAUCGGAGAGAUGCGACUGUCAAUGCGAUUUUUUAUAAUCUUGACACCCAACGAGUUGAGGAUUAUACAACAAAGGGAUUGCAAGAUCUUGAGGCAAAGGUGCUGAGGACGCCGCUUGAUGCUCGAGUUACGUUCACGGAUGAUCCAUUGCGGAUAUUACGAUUUGUGCGGCUUGCGAGCACGCUUGGUUUUACGAUUGAUGAAGGAGAUACGCAACAGGCAAUGAAGAGUCCGGAAAUUCAAUCGUUGAUAGGCACGAGGAUUAGCCCUGAGAGAAUUGGGUUGGAGUUGAAAAAGAUGGUCACUGGGCCGGACCCAGUUACUGCGUUGCUGUGGAUUCACAGGCUGAAGCUCUACAAGCAUGUGUUUUUGGGUGAACAGCAAAAGGGAGUUUUGGAUAGGUUGGCGGAGAGUAAAGCUUCUGAAAAAAAGGGUUGGGCUUCAGACAAGGAGGAAUAUGUGUGGCCAUUGGCGUGGCCAGAGGCUUGCAAGACAGUAUCAGAGUUGUUGUCGUCACACAACAAUAGGCUCGUGGCCACAGAGCUCGCACAGUCUCAAGAUCUUGAGCUGGUCUGGCAGAUGGCGUUGUGGUGUUCGCUUGCGUUGCUCUGUCGGCCGCAAGAUACUCACCCUUUUCCAGUAGUCAAGCCGGCAAUCAAUGCUAUCAAACCUACAAACGAAAAGUCAAAAUUACUGGAGAGCUCGUUGAGUAACAUGCACGAAAUCCGCUCGACCAUCGAUCGUGUCGUGGAAAGCAAGGAUAAAGGGAGUUUACGUCGAAGCACAAUUGGAACAGCCAUACGGUCGUGGGGCAAGACCUGGAGACUCCAAGUCCUAUUCACGCUCUUGACGAAUAUUCUUUCGGACAAGUCGAGAACAAAAGGCUUGAUAGACCGUUACUCAGCCUUCCUACAAUUUAUCAUCGACCAAAAACUGCAGGAUGCACCAUCAAUGAAACAAAUUCUAACCGGAGGCGAUAUCAAAACACUCUUCCAGCUGCGACGAAGCGGCCCGUUCAUGAAUAGUGUUAUGAAAGCGGCGCUGGAAUGGCAACUCGAUCACGAGGCUGAUUAUGAGAACGACGAUGAGCUCAGAGAGAAAGCGAUUGAAUGGUUGCGUGGACAGAAGGAGCAGUUGAAGAUACCGGACCCUGACUGA